AUGGCCCGUCGUCCCGCGAGAUGUUACCGCUACUGCAAGAACAAGCCUUACCCCAAGUCCCGGUUCAACCGUGGUGUUCCCGACCCUAAGAUCCGUAUCUUCGAUCUGGGACGUAAGAAGGCCAACGUCGACGACUUCCCCCUGUGUGUGCACUUGGUCUCCAACGAGUACGAGCAGCUGUCCUCCGAGGCUCUCGAAGCCGCCCGUAUUUGUGCCAACAAGUACCUCGUUAAGAUCACCGGUAAGGAAGGUUUCCACCUCCGUGUCCGUGUGCACCCCUUCCACGUCGUCCGUAUCAACAAGAUGUUGUCGUGCGCUGGUGCCGAUCGUCUCCAGACCGGUAUGCGUGGUGCCUUCGGAAAGCCCAACGGUCUCGUUGCCCGUGUGAACAUCGGCCAGAUCAUCCUGUCCGUCCGCACCCGUGACUCCAACCGUGCCCCCGCCAUCGAGGCUCUCCGCCGCUCGAUGUACAAGUUCCCCGGUCGCCAAAAGAUCGUCGUCUCCAAGAACUGGGGUUUCACUCCCGUCCGCCGCGAGGACUACGUCCAGCUCCGCCAGGAGGGCAAGCUCAAGCAGGACGGUGCCUACGUGCAGUUCCUGCGUGGCCACGGUCUCGUCGAGAACAACAUGAAGCGAUUCCCCGACGCCUAUGAGAACCUUGCGGCUUAA